GUUUUAAUACCAUGAAAUCUGAAACUGUACUAAUCACCGAUCGCGAUGAAAUUAGAAAAUUGUCCGGCAAAUCGAAAGAAUCCGUUUUUCGAGAUAUAAAAAUUAUUAAGGAAUGGUUGGAAACUCAAAAGCAUCUACCUGAAAUUCCAAGUGAUAAUUUGAUCGAAUUCUUUUUGAAUAAUUGUAAAUUCAGUAUAGAGAAAACGAAACAAAAUUUGGAUAUGUACUAUACGUUGAGAAAUCUUAUACCGGAUAUGUACCAAAACGUGAAUCCAUCUACACCAAAUUUAGAAGAAGUUUAUAAAAAAGUUUACAUGUUUCCUUUGCCACAAUUAACCCCAUCAAAGGAAAGAAUAAUUUUAUUCAGAUAUAAAGACGUGGAUGACAUCGUGGAUAUACGGAAAAUCUACGCUCAUUACCUCAAUAAUAUUUACGAAAUAAGAGCUCAAGAAGAUCUCACAAUGGGCGACAUUGUCCUAGCAGAUCUGAAGCACAUCAGCUUCGCCAUGGCGGCCAAAAACACACCCGUAAUUUUGAAACAAGUAGCUCUUGCCAUGGAGAAAGUACAUAGUCUGAGAAUGAAAGGAAUAUUUAUGUUUAACUGUCCAAAUUAUUUGACUAAUUUUUUGAAUCUAUUCAAAAGUUUCUUGAGCAGCAAGCUAAAUGAAAGAUUUCACGUAUAUCCAACGAUCGAAUCUAUUGGUAAACAUUUUCCAAUUGAUAUAUUACCAAGCGAUUUAGGUGGUCAAGAAAAAUCCUUAGAUGAACUGGAAGCAAUGUGGAAAGUCAAAUUUAUGGAAUACAAAGAUAGAUUUGACGAGUUAGAAAAAAUGGAAAUUAACGAAAAACUACGACCGGAAAAAUUGAAAAACGAUGAACUUUUGGGGUACUAUGGAAAUUUCAAAAAAAUAGACACCGAUUGAUGUUUGAAAUAUGUCAAAAACAUGUUAUACAUUUUCGUAAUAUACAUCUUUUUCUCCUUUA